GCAUUGAAUGCAGCAUGACCCAACAACGAAGAUGGCGUGUUGUGGGACCUGUUUCGGCUGCGGGCGUUGUAGUGAAGAAGACACGCGUACGCCAGAGGAAUUGACAAUUCUUGGAGAAAUUCGAGAAGAAGAGGAUGAGAUUUUGCCAAGGAAGGACUAUGAGAGCCUGGAUUAUGACCGAUCUGUCAGUGAGCCUUACGUGGAGAUUUUGGAGGGGAUGGACAACAAGAAAGCUAAAAAGUAUGAAGCACUGCGAUGGGUGAUGGUGUUUGCAAUUGGAGCAUCAGUUGGAUUGCUGGGUCUGUUUGUGGAUUACUUUGUGCGCUUCUUCACCAAGCUCAAGUUUUCUUUGGUUGGUUAUUCUGUAGAGGAGUGCAGCGAGAAAGGCUGCCUCCCUCUGUCUUUGCUGGAGCUCCUGGCUUUCAACAUGACCUUCAUCUUUAUUGCCAGUGUGCUCGUCCUCAUUGAGCCCUUAGCUGCAGGUUCGGGGAUUCCUGAAAUCAAAAGUUACUUGAAUGGAGUGAAGAUUCCUGGAAUCGUCCGUCUACAAACGUUUCUCUGCAAAGCUGUUGGAGUUCUGUUUAGUGUAGCUGGAGGUCUUUUUGUGGGCAAAGAAGGUCCAAUGAUACACAGUGGAGCCAUUGUGGGAGCUGGCCUUCCUCAGUUUCAGAGCAUCACUUUUAAGAGAAUCAAAUUAAAUUUUUCCUUCUUCCGGAGUGACAGGGAAAAGCGGGACUUUGUGUCUGCUGGUGCUGCUGCUGGAGUAGCUGCUGCCUUUGGUGCCCCCAUCGGAGGAACCCUCUUCAGCCUGGAGGAAGGCUCCUCUUUCUGGAACCAGGCCCUCACUUGGAAAGUGCUGUUUUGCUCAAUGUCUGCCACAUUCACCCUCAACUUUUUCCGUUCGGGUAUAAACUUCAAUAAGUGGGGAUCCUUCCAGCUGCCUGGCCUGCUCAACUUUGGAGAAUUUAAGUGCUCGGAUGGAGACAAAAACUGCCACUUAUGGACUGCAGUGGACCUGGCCUUCUUUGUCUUGAUGGGGAUAGCAGGUGGGCUCCUUGGGGCUCUUUUCAACUGCAUGAACAAGAACCUUGCCAAAUAUCGCAUGAGACACAUCCACCCAAAGGCCAAGUUUAUCAGGGUUAUAGAAAGCCUCCUGGUUGCCAUGGUGACAACAGUGGUGGUUUUUUCCGCUUCCAUGCUGUUGGGUGAAUGUAGGGACCUGUACUCUCCUUCAGCCCAUAACACCACACUUUCUGUCAGUGAGGAUAUCAAUUCAACCAUCCGCCAGUACUUCUGCUCCAACAAGACGUAUAAUGAUAUGGCCACCUUGUUCUUCAACCCGCAAGAGGCUGCCAUCCACCAGCUUUUCCACCAGGAUGGUACAUUCAGCCCUGUGACUCUGUCAGUGUUCUUCCUGCUUUACUUCCUAUUGGCCUGUUGGACCUAUGGUGUGUCAGUACCCAGCGGUCUUUUCGUCCCUUCACUGCUCUGUGGGGCUGCGUAUGGACGUUUGGUUGCCAACAUCCUUAAAGUGAAACUUGGAAUGGACAUCUACGCUGGGACCUUUGCCCUCAUUGGAGCUGCUUCAUUCCUCGGAGGCGUUGUCAGGAUGACCAUCAGCCUUACUGUCAUCCUUAUUGAAUCCACUAAUGAAAUCACAUAUGGACUCCCUAUUAUGAUCACACUAAUGGUUGCAAAGUGGACAGGGGAUUUAUUCAACAAGGGAAUCUAUGACAUUCAUAUCCAGCUAAGAGGAGUACCACUUCUGGAGUGGGAGACUGAGGUUGAGAUGGACAAGUUGACUGCCGGUGACAUUAUGGAGCCCAACCUCACAUAUGUGUACCCCCACACUCGGGUCCAAUCUCUGGUCAGCAUCCUGCGCACCACCAUUUACCACGCCUUCCCUGUCGUCACCGAAAAUCGCCCGAACGAGCAGGACUUCAUGAAGGGCAACAUUCUAGUCAGCAACAACAUCCACUUCAAGAAAUCCAGCGUUGUGUCUCGCGCAAGUGAGCAGCGACGGCGCUGCCAAUCCAUGAAGUCAUACCCCUCCAGUGAGCUGAGGAACGUUUGUGAUGAGCAGCGUGCAGCUGUUGAGCCAGCGGAGGAGGGAGAGGACCUCCUACAGCAGAUGCUGGAGAGGAGGCAUAUGCCCUACCCCAACCUGUGCCCAGACCAGUCUCCCAGUGAGGAGUGGACAAUGGAGGAGCGUUUUAGACCGCUCACCUUCCACGGCCUUAUUCUGCGCUCUCAGCUUGUCAAUCUACUCAUGAGAGGCGUGUGUUACGCUGAGAACCAGCCGAGUGCCACUCAGCCCAGACUGACAUAUGCAGAGAUGACUGAAGAUUACCCGCGUUUCCCUGAUAUCCAUGACUUGGACCUAACCCAGCUCAGUCCCCGGAUGAUUGUGGAUGUUACUCCUUACAUGAACCCGUGUCCCUAUACAGUGUCACCAAACACCCGCAUCUCGCAGGUAUUUAACCUGUUCAGAACAAUGGGCCUACGGCAUUUACCAGUAGUCAACGCUGUAGGAGAAAUUGUUGGGAUAAUCACCAGACAUAAUUUAACCCAUGAAUUCCUUGUGGCCAAACUGCGACAGCAUUACAUAACCAUUUAAUUGGAUCAGUUUCAUUUCAUAUGUGCCAUCCUUAACUGACCAUUCAAUUUUUGUUGAUGUAAAUUAUGUCCUAUUUGUUGAUGUUUUUUAAUUCCAUUUGUGUCUUAACUAUAUGUUUGUAAUCCACUUCGUAUUUUAUCCAACUGCUUUGCAUUAUUAAAGGUGUUAAAAUUCA